UACAGAUUUGCCAUUACAAAACGAAAGCGUCUCCAGUCUUUAGCAAAAGUGUGCCAUAACGCCGCAAUGUAUCUGGGUGUACUGAUGGUGUGCUCGCUGGUAUGCAUGUCUUCUCUGGUGGAUGCAUAUCCAUCCAAACCCGCGAGUCCGGGGGAAGCUGCGUCCGCGGAGGACUUCGCCAAGUACUUCAACGCGCUUAGACACUACAUCAACCUUAUCACUCGACAGCGGUACGGCAAAAGAUCCAGCCCUGAUACAGUGUUCUCAGAUCUGCUAUUGACGGAGAGCACAGAGAACAUUCCACGAGCAAGCUAUGGAAGAUUUGAGGACAUACCAGUGUGGUGGUGAUGCCAGUGUAUUACUGGAUUCCAUGCCUAUGCCCAUCAACAACCAAAACUGUCUAUUUGUCACAGCAACACAUCAAAAUCACUGCCUGGUGGUAACUUGACUAGUCUAUAACUUGUGUCACCCUGCAUGUAAUUGUCUGUCCGUUAUUAAACUGUUGUAGCCCACAUACAGUAUAUUCCCUGUGGAUCAUUUCAGUGUACUAGCAAAUGAAGUGUUAACUGGUGGCAUUAAAUCAAUUAUUUCAAGUACCGUUAAACAUGUGCCUCUGAUUUUUGUA